AUAUUUAAGACGAUAGUUGAAACAUUUCCUGUAAUCUGACGGCGUCGUAUUCUUCAAACGGAUCGUUUCGUAAUGCCGAAAAUGAAUAGUCUCUUCUCUACUCUUCAUCUUCACUCUUCUGUGUAGUAGUAGUAGUAGUAGAAGCGCAGAGUGGAAGAAGAGACAACAAGGAUGGUGUCAGUUUAUCUAAUAUUGUUAUUAUUUGCCGCCACUAUUUGCUCGUCUCUAUUGGAUCUAACAUCUCAAGAUCAACACAGCACCAAUCAUCACCUCCUCACUCAAUUGCACGAAGCCAAACUGAAAGUCGCUCAAUUUGAAUCUUCUCUUGAGGAAAUCGUCCAAAAAGCAGAAGCUAAAGAACUUUAUCUUAAAAAACAAGAGAAGCAAAUUCAGGAUUCGGAGAAGACGUUAAGCGAUCUCCAUUUUACUCUCUCAAAUUUGAAGAGUGGCUCACUGCUAACUGAUGAAAAGGUCCAUGCACUUGAAGAAGAGGUAAGAGUGCUAUGGGCGACUUCGAGAAAGAACAACUUUGAUAUUCAUGUUUUACAGUCUAAAGCACAAGAUGCUGAAGACAGGUUACAAGUAGUUCAUUCGCAGGUCGAGAAGAUGGCAGACAUAGUAUCAGAGCAGUGGAUCCAAAUUCAACAGUUUGAGCAUGCUCUUCAACUCAGACAAAUGACCAUGUUAAAGGCUCAAAGGCGAGUUGGGCCUCCAAGAUGCUCAUUCUUGAAGGUGAUAUUCAUGAAUGACCUUUCCAGCAAAUAUCUUCCAAGUUCUCUUAGGCCAUUGGGUUUGAAUUCAUUUGGCAACUGGAGAUCCUACAUAUUUCAAACUCUCAAUCAAUUAAGAAGAUUCUUUUCAACAAUGAAAGAAUCCCAUCAUGAGGGAUUAAUCAGACAAGAAAUGGAAAGACACGAGCUCACUGCACGCCUUGCCAACAAGGAGCUAGUAUUUUUUGUGGCUUCUGCUUUAAUCAUCUUCCCAGUAUUUAGCGCUUGGAUUUUGCUGUCAUCACAGUUACAGUAGUUAAGAAUUUUGCUCUGGAGAAGAUAGUAGCAUAUCCUAUGAUGAAGAAAAGGAUAAACAUCCAAACUACACCACCCCUCCAGUCCUCCACCUUCUCUAUUUUUUCAUUUUUCUGUGAGGGGUAAAUACGGUUUGCUUUCUGCUACAACAUGACUCGAUCUCCAUGCUGAUUUUGCUGUAAAUUUUUUCUUAUACUGUUUGUUCUCCUCUACGCAUCAGAAGGUCAAAUCAAUAGAUUUCCCACCUUGGUUGGGGUAUUUACAUAACAAUUCUGUACUAUAGGCGUUAGAUUCUAAUAUCUAAAUAUAAAUUUGUAACCAUUAUAUAGCAAAGGCCAAAUUGUUAUAAUGAUCCUUCUCCGAGCUCGGGUUAUAGAAGAAGGAGAAGAAGGAACUGAGAAGAAGGUAUCAGCAGCAACAGGUUUUAUUAUGGGACAGCUUAUGAUGUUCAUAUCGAUCUAUUAUGCGCCUCUGCAUCUAGCAUUGGGUAGACCUCUUAAAAUAACUUUCCUAGCUCACGUAUUUGUCUGUGGCGGUCAAUGUUCUUCAAGUAUAACUUUCUUUGAUUACAGAUCGACAGGUGAUCUAUCCUUUCUCCCCUUUUGUCAGUCAUCUUGAUCCGCCAGAGGGUCUUAAGCAAGCUAGCUCCUUGAAGAGGCUUGACAGGAAAGAGGAGUGAAGGAGAACCUAAGGAAAGUCUCUCUCUACCUCACGAGCUCUUGGAUUCCAUGGCCAAGGCCUACAUUUGUGGAUUUGGGUGAAGGCGGAGGAGUAGAACAGGAGUGAGUAUAGGAUAGAACCUCAGGAUACCAGGGGAGCUUUGGCAUAAUAAGGUAGUUCUGGGGCUAAAGACAUUGUGGAGUAUGGGGUAAAGGAAUUUAUGAUUGCUAUUUAAAAUCAAAAUAUAUAUAAUUCAUUUUUAUUGCGUCUCAA